UUCGGCGCUGGAAUCACGCCCAGCCAAAACCAUCAAGGCCGAUUAGCCCAGCCAAUUCGACCGCUAUGAGGCCAAACGCUUCAUCGGGGCUCCUAGGUGCCUUUCAGGCACUGAGGAUAUCGCCCGCAACGCCGCUCCGAGCUUCCCUCCCCUCGGCGACCAUUCUUCGACCCUCGGUGCCCGUUGCAUCCGCCCUUACUUCUCAGCAUGGCAGGCUAUUUUCCGCGACGGCGAUCCAGGCAGGAUCAUGGCUGGAACCAAACCUGCUGAGAAAGAAUAAGAUGAUGAAGGGCCGACCCAGAGUGCCGACGGGCGGGUCAACAAAGGGUACCACAGUGGUCUGGGGCGAUUACGGCUUGCGCAUGUGCGACCACCACCGCAGAAUUAGUGCCAAACAUCUCAAGAUGGCCGAGGACACCAUCAAGCAGCGGUUGCGUGGGCAGAAAUAUCGGCUGUACAAGAGGGUUGCUUGCAACGUUGGUGUGUUUGUCAGCGGAAACGAGAUGAGAAUGGGUAAAGGAAAGGGUUCUUUCGACCACUGGGCCGCGAGAAUUGCCAUCAACCAAGUCCUUUUCGAGAUCAGGGGAAUUCUGCACGAGCAGGUUAUCCGGGAUGCCUUCCGGCUUGCGGGGAACAAGCUACCAGGGCAAUACGAGUUCGUUAAGAAGGGAGAUCCGGCUGUCGUUGGAAUUACGAAGCUGGAUGGUGUCACUCUGGACGAAUUGAGACAGCCAUGGAAGAAGCUCCCGGCAGAGGUGGCUACGCCCCCACCGUCGACGCCGGAGACUUCUCCCUCAACACCCCCUCCUUCAUAACCAGCGGGCCGUGCCUUUUUUCGUUGUAUAAUAUGUAGACUAACACAACUGUCCAUGUAUCGUAGAGUUCAUGAGUUCCAGUCGGUGACCAGAGCUAGAGCUCUAUUCUUUUUUCCCUCGGUUGCGUGUGUUAGGACAUGCCUAACAAUGUGCGGUUUAUCUUAUUAAUGAGGGGACUUGGCUUUGGCCGAGGUGACGAGGUUUCCGUCACAUUUUAGCGAGAUGUGCUGCUUGUUACUCCUUCUAUGAACCUCGGGAAAUACCCGCUCACCAUGUACAUUUUUCAAUGUAUCAGUUUUACAUUUGAAGAAGGCAUCCUGUUGUUCGAUCUGUUA